AAAUUCGCUCCAUAUCCUUGCGCCUUUUACAGGCUGCGGAGAUAUAACCAAAUCAGCAGAGAUGCCUCUAUUCUACUUGCCUACGUGGCUCUCGACAACGUGUUUUUAUUACAGCUAUGGAGAGCGAAGCAGCAUAACCAGGGCAGCAUUCUCCCAUAGUGCAGCCGAUGGGAACUAUAGGCCCUCAUUGAGGAUGGUGGCUAUUCCACAGGAACAAUGCUCGUAUGAUGCUUCGUCUACCGACGUCAGCGACCCCGAAAACUCAUCGUACGCCGUCGGCAUUCGAACGAUGACUGAAUAUCAUUACGGCCAUGUCCCUAUGCGACGAACUGUCAAAGACCACAACAAUCCAAAUCUUGCAACGCCGAUCAGAACCUAAAACACAACUAGACUUAUACGGUGCAGUACUUCUCUCCAAGUCUUCUCGUUCUACUACUAUGUCUGGUAUCGAUUCAUGUCUCCAGGCCGCAAAACUGAUCGCUGCGGCAGGCGAAAUGGCUCCCUUUCCUUUCAUCAAGGGUACCGCUCUAUGUGUGGUAGCCGUCCUCGAGAUUAUUCAGAAAGCCGCAGACAAUAGAAGCAAUCUGCGAGAGUUAGCUGAGAGUAUUGUGAACACGUUGGUUGCUGUGAGGGACGCUGUAAUCGAACACGGCCCAACUAGCGCCUCACAUUUCCAGGGAAUUUGUGUAGAAUUUCAGACAUACAUGACUGAUCUCCUUUCCAAGUUGAACAGCGAAAAGAGGUCGCCUCGCAGAAUCCGGCGAUUUUUCAGAGCGAAGAAGAUCUCUGAUGACAUUAGCACUUACCGGCUGCGGAUACAAGCGACUAAGGAAGACUUCCUGAUUCGUACGACGACCACAACGCGACUGAUCCUAUCCGAUGUCCAGGAUCAAGUUAGUACGGAAUUCGGCUCUCUCACUAGUCUAGUGGAGGCAUCAGAGAGGGCUGUCACGUCGCUCAUCAAGGACAAUACUUCAGAGAUGCUCACCUUGGGCAUCACGCAGAACGAAAACAUGGAAAAGCUUCAGAUGGCAUUAGUUCAGGCCUUCCGUGAACGAGGUAUUUAUAAGGGGGUGGUCCGAAAUCUCGUUCCAGGAGACAUAUACAUCAGGGCGCCGAUCCCAUGCGACUCAUGGCAACAGAACUCUGAUUUUGAUGAAUAUGAUGCAACCAUCGAUGACCGCCCAAAAAUUGUUCGUGUUUAUCGAGUUCCGGCUGAUCAGAAAGAACAAGUGAUACAACAAUUUCAAAAAGAAGUAGAUCAAAGACUUCACUUGAGGCAUCCAAAUAUUACCCAACUUUUUGGUGUAUGCAUGGUACCAAUGUUUCCAGCUCUUGUGUUCCACGGAAAUGCGAACGAAAGAAAAAGGUACAAUUAUAAGGAUAUCAUGGAACGUAGACCAAUGUUGGGCACAAUGGAGGCGCUUCUUUUCUAUGUUGGAAUGUACAAUGAUUUGCAGUCCAUAGCAAACUACCUAGCCGGACAAGAUUGGGUGCGACGGCAGGAAGACAAAGACCCACAGAGAAUGCCAAUCUCCUACAACUGCUUCAAUGAACAAGGGCGAGUCAUCCUCGAUGAUUUAACUCUAAAUGAUCACUUCUAUAAAUCUUUUGUCCUGCAUUUGGGGUGCUCCCGAGUGUCAGUGGUUAUGUGUACCAGAGAGGGUACAAAGGGAAGUGAUGAUCUGGAUCUACCACAUCUGGAGCAUGUAUUUUCAUGCCCUACGAGUUUACAGAAAGACUACCUUUGGCAAAUCUAUGAGAGCAUUCACUUGUUGUUCGGACGCAACACAUGGCGAUGUUUCGAUUAUCCCGAAAGCUGUCCUGGAUAUCCAGGUUUUGUUAGCUAUGGGAGAGUGGUGGGUGAUUUAGAGGAGUGGACCUUAGAGUGGACCAGAGACUCGGAGCGAAGCAAUUCAAGGCAUUUGAACAAAACGACAUCCAUACAUUGGUCAUUAUCUCCAAAUCAGAUCUACUCCUUUUCGGUCUUUCCUAGUGAUCGAAAGAACUACCAGAGGCUUGCAUUUUCCUGGUUUGCACAGACACUACUGAAAGAGCAGGGGCCGUAUCCGAUAUCAGACCUGAGAGAAGAUGUGACUUUCUACCUCCAUAUCCAACCAAAUAUAAACUCCUUACCAAAACAUGACCUGGAUACCCUCUCAGUGUCGGUGAUAUUCAAUGCCCCUGCCAUCACUUCACGAUCACCUUCCGAGAUGUCAUGGCCUUUCAGUUUCGUCGCAAAUGGUACCCCAAUACCUCCCGAAGAAGCAGAGCAAAUCCUCUCAGCUAGAAUCGACAUGAGUGCUCAGUUGGUAUCUUAUAAAAUACAGGCCAUCGAAGGAGCCCCAGCGCGUGUACGUGAAUUAGCAGCUAUGUGUGGGUUCGAUCCUGUUCUGGAAGGAGCAGAUAUAUGCCACUAUUUCGGCUUGUUUCCUUUUGAAAUAUUUGAUGAAACUGGCGGCGGUGUUACCGAUGUCGUUCGAGCACGUAGUAUCGAGAGGGAAGGUGGGGGGGACUUGAUUAACAAAACAUCUGCCGCAGUUGUUACAGAGUAGAAUAUAGGGUUCUAUCGAGGUCUCCAACUUGGUAUAGUAAGAAUAAACCAUUGGUAAAUAGUCCAAAGUUUUACCGUCACAGUACAUAGCUGCAUUACGUGCUGUUACUAGAGCGCAAAUUAUACAAGAGCGUUCCAAACCCAGGC